UGUACAUGGCUAAAUACGAGGUACUUGAUUUAAUGCUGGGAUGGAGAGAAGUAUUCCUAACAAACCGUGUACAUGGCUAAAUACGAGGUACCUGGCAAUUGCAUACGGUAUUGUGCAGCGGGCGUACCUGAAAGAGGAGCGCAUGCUGCAUUUUCAUGGCAUGUUGAAAUGUAAAUACGAAGGAGAGGCGUUUUGUCGUGAAGAGGAGGAAGUAGGUACGUGCGAUAAACUGUUCUGUAGUACGUGUACGCACAGAGCAUAAAAAUUCGCUUCUAUGCCGUAGGCGCACGUCACACCGUUGGUUAGAAGAUUCUUUUUAUUGCGUGCUCCGCUACACCCUUUAACUGCGAGAUGGGCACAUUGAACAAAUUCAUCCUUGAGAACUUUAAAGGCAUCAAACAGCAAAAUAAUCCGGUUUAUAGGCCUGGUAUAAUACGCGCCGAUUUACUGGAGGAAGUGAACUGCGAUGGCGUUGAUUUCAUCAGGCAUUUGUUCAUUCUUUACAAGUGCUCGGUCGAGAACGAGAGGUACAAGAACUUGAUCAUAGAAAAUAUCGGCAAGGUGGAGAAUCUGCUUGAGAAAGCUAACAUCCUCAUUGAACUGAACAUGUUGAACGCGGCCGAAGAGUGUUUGGAGAAGUACAAGCGGAUGAUCGGCGUUUCGUUGGACGUGAUUGGUGCGGAGGCGGUGUUUAAGCAACACAACUGCAUUGAGAACGUGACAUACGUGCUGGAUGUGACGUGUCACAGCGGUUGCACACAACGAGGAGGGGACAAUACGGUUGAAGUGUGCGGUGGCAACGUUGAGGUGGUGGGUGAUGAGCGGAGCAAAGGAGAGGUACAGGACAGAACAGGUGCGGAACAUGCAGGGCUAGAGCAAAAAAAUGAGGAGAAUGAAACGAGAAGCAGUGCGAUUGUGCACCAAGAAACGAUCAUCUCGGGAACGAUGGAACGCAACGGGAUACACGAAACAGAGGAGAACGGCAAAGCUGUGCCGAUCACGGACAAAAGGAUCAUGAACAUGCACAGUGAUGGUGUACAUGGGCUUGGGAUGAAUUGCGUGAGCGGAUGUGAAUCAGAGCAUCAGAAAGCGGAACGCCCUGUAAAUACGGGUAAACCACGCAUGAGAAGCCACGGGAAAAGAAAACUUUACAAGUUUGAGACACGAGACCAUGUAUUUAAGGAUUACAAGGUGUUCUCACUCUGCGUGAACGAGCAGUACUUGCUCUUAACGAUCAUACGGCUGCUUCUGAAGUCGCAGGGACCUGAGUGCUUGGAGUAUGCACGCGCAUACCUCGACAGACUCCUCUUCAACAGAAAUGAAGACCACGACAUGAAGGACUACGUGUUAAGUCACUACAAGAAUGUCCUUUAUGACGAGACCAAUGAGCCGUGCUUCGUCAGAUCGUUCUGUUUUGAGGCACCCUUGAUAUUUGGUUUUGAGUACGCACAGGUGUUGGGCAACAAUCUUUUCAAGAAAUAUUUUUUUGAAAGCGCCUUGCAGAUUUUUGCCUGCCUGGGUAGACAUGAAAAGAUGGCGAAAUGUUACCUGGGAAUGGGAAAGGAACAGGAAAUGAUAAAGGAAUUGCAGGGUAUGAAAGAAAAAAUGGAGAUAAAAGUGUUUGGUAAACGUAUGAAUGUGUGUGACGCAGAAGCAAUGAAGGAGAGUACCGUGCAAACGGGUGAUACGGGCGCAAACGAACAGACAAUACCAACCGAUAGCGUAACACGCAAUGCUGCUGACGGCUUGGCAGAACUAGACGGAUGCAUGAAGAGCAACGCAACCGACGUAUUUGAUCUCGUGAAUACGUACAAUCUGCUCGCAGAGCUCACCAACAAUACGUACUAUUACACACUUUCAUACCGGGCGUAUAAGACGUACACGCCGCUCAAGCUUGAAGCAAUUCAUCGAAUACGAAAUAAACAAUACGAAAAAGCACUUUCGUUGCUCAAACAAGCACUGGAUCACUCUCCGUACAACAUAACACUGCUGCACAUGGUGGGAUGCCUUGAAACGGCCAUUCAUGGCAACGGUAUUUCGUAUUUUCUACGAAUACUCUCCAUUGACAGCAACAACUAUGAAACACUCAUCAACGUGGGAAAUUUCUACACAGAGAAAGAGAAAUACGAGGAAUCCGUCUAUUUUUACACAAGAGCCUACAAAAUCAACAAGUCGGCCAGGCUUUUGAAACAGUUGGGCGCCAUUCUCGAGAUCACCGGCAAGUAUGACGAAAUCAAAUGCAUGCUGAGGAGGGAAGACAAGAAAAACGUGCUGUUCGCCAGAGAUAAAGAGUUAAUCGCCAUGUUUGAUAGGUAUUCUAAGUAAAAUAGAGCUAGUGAGCAUUUGAAGGGUGCGGGUACUUCGUUGAUACUGUUAUUCUUUCGUAUCAGGACAAGCAUCUUCUUAGACCAGCAGUAGAUCGCUUACCGGUUCAGGUGUUUGCAAAAAAUAAUUUUGACCGAAUGCUUCCUGACCUAGGUAAAACGGGGGUACGGAUCACCGAGCCCAGCUCUUUAACACGUAUUAAUGCAUCAAAAC